AUGGCAGGAGAUCCUAUGAGGCGCAAUCAAAACCUUUACUACCACUAUCAUCAGGAUCAUGGGCACACUACCGAGGAUUGCAGAAACUUGUGGGACCAUCUAGACCAAUUAGUCCGAGAAGGGAAGUUAAAGCAACUCUUGCAUCAUUCCAGUAGUCGGGGAAGCCAAAUGGGUUCGGAGCUUCGGGGAAAUGCUUCUUCGAAACUCCCUCUUGGCACAAUAAAUGUCAUUUUUGCUGUCCUAGGGAGGACCGGAUCUUGUCCUUCCAGAGUAAUGUCAGCAUCUCGUUACCCAGCUGAGGAAUCCAGCUCAAUGCCUAAGAGAGUCAAGAUGGGCAUCCCACUGGUGUUAGGUUUUUCAGAUAAGGACAAAUUUGGAACCAUACAGCCCCAUGAUGAUGCUUUAGUGGUUACACUUAGAAUUAGUGGGUACGAUGUGAAAAGGGUGAUGAUUGACCAAGGCAGCGAAGCUGAGAUAAUGUAUCCAAACUUAUAUAAGGGGCUAAAUUUGAAACCUGAAAACUUAACAGCCUACAGUUCUCCUCUGGUGAGUUUUGAAGGUAAAAUGGUCAUUCCGAAAGGUCAAAUCAAAUUACCUGUGCAGACCAGCCCAGAUGUGGUGGAGGAGGACUUCAUUGUUGUAAAUGCUUUCUCUCCAUACACGACCAUUAUAGACAGACCCUGGCUUCAUACCCUGGGGGCCGUCUCCUCUACUCUUCACCAGAAGAUGAAGUACCCAUUCGGAGGCCAGGUUUUGGAGAUAUUAGGAAAUCGGUCUACAGCCUGGUAG